AUGGUAUUUUCUUUCACUGUUUUGCAGAAAAAUGAAUGGCUGUGUUUGAACUGCCAAACUCAGAGGCUGCUAGAAGGAAGCCUAGGAGACCCUGCUCCAAUGCCACUACCUACUCCAAAGCAGCAGCCAACAGGAUCCCCUCGACACCAACCAGGGGGAGCUGGUCAGCAUAGAGGAGGCCCUCAGCCUGUAACAGCUCAAAAGUCAGAAACAUUCACUCCCCAGGACAGGAACCUUGUCCAAGGAAAACAUCUCAGGACUUCAGAGCAGAGCAAGCUACAGGCCAUGGUGCAAGAGAACAAGCCCCUUGCCCUCUCAGAAGAAAAGCCACUGACAAAACUUCCUGGUCAGGCUCCCAAAGUUCCUGAAAGUGCAUUGCCAAAGGGGAAAAGCAUGGCUAUGAAGGCAGAAGCAGAGAGCAAAGCAAGCAAGGCAGUCACUGAAGCUCAGCAAGUGAGAGAGCAGGAGGAGACAAGCAAGCCUUAUCCCCAUGACCUGUCCCGCAGCCCCCAAAGCUUGAGUGACACUGGCUACUCAUCAGAUGGCAUCUCCAGCUCCCAGAGUGAGAUCACUGGCUUGGUGCAGCAGGAAGAAGAGCAGCUGAAUGGCACUGGCCUGGAAGACCAAAGCCCUGCCAGUCCUUCUGAACUUACCAAACUGGAGAGCAGUAUGCGCCCCUUGCUAGAGUCAAAGGGCAUUUCCCAAGAGCAGAGCAACAGAGGGAAAAUGUAUCAUGAGUUACGGGAAGAGCAGCGACACAGGCAGAGGCCUCGGUCCCUUUCUAUCACCCCUGAAGCCUUUGAUUCUGAUGAGGAACUGGAAGACAUCAUGGAAGAAGAUGAAGAGUCUGUGGAAUGGGAGAACCAGAGGGAUCAAAGAGAGAGUGUGGAAUCGGCUGAUGACUUUGGCAGCAAGCUGCGCCAUGACUUUGUGGAGGACAGCAGCGAAGAGGGGGUCUCCCCACUGCCCAGCAGGCCAAAAGGCAGGGAGACAGAGAUGACAGAUGAGGAGUUCAUGAGGAGGCAGAUCCUGGAGAUGAGUGCAGAAGAGGACAACCUGGAGGAGGAGGAAGAAGAGUACAGUCACGUGAAAUACAAUGGAACAAAAAGCAGGCACAAGCCUGAUCUGGAGAAAAGCAAAGAGCCAACCUCAUCCAAGAGGCGCCUGCCUCAUGUCUCCACCGGUGUGUAUGAGGAGGAGAGAAAAGAGCUGGAAGCUAUCAAGGGGGAGGAUGUGACCACAUCCCAGGGGGGACUGCGGCGCUUCAAGACUAUUGAGUUAAAUAGCACGAGCAGCUACAGCAGGGACAUGGAGCUUAGCCAGGAUGCAGACAUUAGCCUGGACAGAGAGCCAGAGCUGGAGAUGGAAAGUCUGACAGGCUCCCCAGAGGAACGGUCAAGGGGAGAAUAUUCCUCCACCUUGCCAGCAACUACACCCAGCUACACAUCGGGCACCUCCCCUACAUCCCUCUCAUCUCUGGAGGAGGACAGCGACAGCAGUCCUAGCCGGAGGCAGAGACUGGAAGAGGUAAAGCAGCAGCGCAAAGCUCGGCAUCGUUCCCAUGGUCCUUUGCUGCCAACCAUAGAGGAUUCGUCAGAGGAGGACGAACUGCGUGAGGAAGAGGAGCUCUUGCGGGAGCAGGAGAAGAUGCGAGAGGUGGAGCAGCAGCGCAUCCGAAGCACUGCACGCAAAACUAAACGGGACAAAGAAGAGCUAAGGGCGCAGAGGAGGAGAGAGAGAUCCAAAACCCCACCCAGUAACCUGUCUCCCAUUGAAGAUGCUUCGCCCACCGAGGAGUUGCGCCAGGCAGCAGAGAUGGAAGAGCUGCACAGGUCCUCCUGCUCAGAGUACUCGCCCUCUAUCGAUUCAGAGGCAGAGGGCUUUGACGUCAUAGCCUCCAAGCUCUACAAGUCUGGCAGUGAAUACAACUUGCCAACAUUCAUGUCCCUUUACUCCCCAACAGAAAAAACAAACAGCAGCUCCCAUUACCGUUCCAGUAAGCCCCUGAAAAGUGCAGAAGAAGCCUAUGAAGAGAUGAUGAGGAAGGCUGAACUGUUCCAAAAGCAACAAGUCCAACAGUCCCAGCAAAGCGUCUACAGCAAUGCCUACCAACAGGUAGGGUACCACAGUGCAGAAGGCCAGAGCAGUUUUGAAUACCAGUACAUAGAUGAAUACAAUUACGAUAAUGGGCGUAUGGACUCCUGUCCAUCUGACUUCCAGCAUGAACUUUCAGAGCCAGGAGCAGUGUAUGAGGAAAUCUUACAGACGUCACAGAGCAUUUCCAGGAUGCAGCAGUCCUCCUCAUUUGAUAUGGCCCUAGAAGAGGAGAAAAAGAAGAAAGGGAGAGAAGAAACAUAUCAGGAAAAGCAGUUUCUGAAUACUGAGAGUGCUUAUGCUGAUAUGGUGAAGCAAAACAGCAGUCCACUCACACCAGGAACAAGCCCCACCCAGUUAUCUGCUCCUGUCUCGUUUUCCUCCUCUGAAGGCAGUACAGGCAGGAUAAUUCCUGAUGUUCGAGUCACGCAACAUUUUGCAAAAGAGAGGCAUGAUCACCCAAAGCUUCACAGCUCACCGACAGCACCCAGCUCAGCUCCCAAGGUUAUGACAGCUCCCUGUACUUACAGCAGAGGUUCCAGCACAGUCACAACUGUUGUUUCCAGCCCAGCAAGUGUUCCACGAAUUUACAGUUCUCCAUCUCUAAGUAGCUCAGAUGUAACACCUGUAUCAGCCUCUAGCAGAAGCUACCGUCAGAUGAAGGGCACCAUGAAUUAUAGCUCUCAGACAGAGGACAGCUCCAGGAGCCAGAGUGCUGCUGAGCUCAGUGAAGCAUCAUCAAGAGAGAAGCUCCAAAGUAAGAGUGAGAUCAAGACCAAUGUCCCUAUGUCAUCUAAAAUGUAUUCCUACUUCCAAAGCUCCAGCCCUCCUCUUUCCCCGAUGUCUCCUACUCAAAGUUCCGCUCAUUCUGCUCCAAAAGCAGGGCAGCCAUCCAGUAAGGCAACUGCAGAGUUUUCCACCCAAACGCAAAGCACAGUUUUCUCCUAUGAUAUCCCGACUACCACUAGUGCAUCAACAUCCUCUCCAAUGAUUGCUCAAGAGACCCAGACACCCCAUCAUGCGAGCUCUUCUCGCCUUGCUAGGCAGCAGUCAUCACAAGAAGCUCCAUUUAUGGUCAUCACUUUAGAAUCAGAUGCAUCUAGCCAAACCAAGCUAACAAGUGUGUGCUCCACCACCUCCCCAGCCUCCUCUCCCACCCGACUGAGCCGCCAGCAGACAAUGCAUAGCUACAGUCAGACAGCAGUCAAACCAGCACAGCUUCAGCAGGAGCAGCUGCAGUCCACUUAUGCCAAGACACAGUCAUUGAUAGAAAGAGCCUCUGCUGCCAGUGCCAUGCUUCAGAAAGGGCAUGCCACUUCUGCUGCUGACAGCACUGCUGGUGUGUACAGCUGGGGGCCCCUGCCUGCCGAAAACAUCUCCUUGUGUAGAAUAUCAUCAAUCCCUGGCACGUCCAGGGUAGAACCUGGACCCAAGCCACUGACCACUAAUGCUGUGGACUUACGAACUGCUAUAAAGUCAGCCCCAAUCAUCAUAACAGACCAUGGCAUGGAUCUCACUUCCCUAGCUACGGAGAGCAGAAAAUAUUGCCUCACUCUGGAACAGACCCCAAGUAGGCAAUCCACAACCGUCCAACCCUUAAUCAUUAACCUCAAUGCUCAAGAGCAACCCCAUGCUAUUAUAGGCACAACCACUACAGUCAGCAUAACUGUUGCCUCUUCCAUGCUCAUGUCACAACUCAAGCAGCCUGUGGUCUAUGGAGAUCCUUUCCAAAACAGGAUGGACUUUGGGCAAGGGGCAGGAAGUCCAGUCUGUCUGACUCAUGUUAAGCAGGUAGAGCAAGCAGUUCAGACUGGCAGCUUCCGAGGGAGCAUGAGCAGCAUUGACAUUUCUGCACCUAGCGUAAAGCCAGAAGUGGCUAGUCCUCAGCAAACCAAAUUUGCAAGAUAUAAUUUGCCUAACCAGAUGAUGUCCUUGGUGAAGAAAGAUGUGCUAAUCACUCAGACUAGCAGUGUCCAGAGUGCUGUUAGUAUCAGCACCAGUCUGAGGCCAGUGCUUCAGGACCAAAGCACAGACCUAUAUAGAGGGGUGCCAGUGGGACUGAGAACUCAGAGUCCUCCAAUCAACCUAGGAGGCAAAAAGUCCCAAGCCAUAAUGGUGCAGAUGAAUGAGAUAGCAGCAGGCCCAGUAACAAAGCUGAUCAAAGAACCACCACCUGCCAGUGCAUUGGAUCUCACUGGAAUAAAGCCUGAAAGCCAGGUGGCAUGCUGUGAUGUAGUGUACAAAUUCCCCUUCAGCAGCAGCUGCACAGGUACCUUCAACCCCUCCCCCAAGAUCCCAGAGAAGAACGCUGGGGAUGUUGCUCAAACUGGCAAUCCGAGCAUCCAGUACUAUGGAAACAGAGAGCCAGACCUUCUGGAGACUUAUCCCUACAGAGAGCAAAUGGGCCCAGCUCCCAGCCUGUAUGAGGAGCACCGGUUCUACCCACAAGGCCUGUUUGGGAGGCUGUAUUCAUCCAUGUCAGAUACAAAUCUGUCGGAAAUUGGCCUGAACUAUUACCUCCCAAAGGGGGAGCAGCCCUUCCACUCCCCUGCAGGAGACACUGCUGUGGAUUUGACCACAAUGAAACAUUCCUACAGCAUUAACUUCACUGAGGGGGGCUACCUGGGUCAGGGAAUGCAGUAUGGCUCGUUCUCUGACCUCCGGCAGCCCACAGACUUGUUAAGCCACCCGCUCCCAAUGAGACGGUACAGCUCAGCCUCCAAUAUCUAUUCCGAUUACAAGUACUCACCUAGAGGAGACCUGGCAAAUUUCCAGGAAUCCAGUCUGGCCCAGUACAGUGCCACCACAGCUCGGGAAAUCAGCCGCAUGUGUGCAGCACUCAAUUCCAUGGACCAGUAUGGGGCUAGGCACUCAAACAGCCCUGACCUCCUGCAGUAUGGGCCAACAGGGGGCAGUGGCGUCUCAGCACCACAGGGCAUUUCCGCCAUCAAACCAAACAUGAUGUACAAUCCCAACUUCCCAGAGACACGCCAGGGCUUUGGGAACCUAGCACAGUACAGUCUCUCCGGUGCCCGGCUGGGAGCUGUCAGGCAGAUCUUCCCUUCCACAGCCACGGUGCGAGCAGCAGAUGGCAUGAUUUAUUCCACAAUAAAUACUCCCAUAGCAUCCACCCUUCCUAUCACCACCCAGCCAGCUUCUGUGCUGCAGCCAAUGCUCCGAGGCUUAUAUCGACCCUACGCCCCAGGCAAUAUCACAGCGGUUCCUCUGGCCAGCCUGACCAGAGUACCUCUAGUUACCCCGAGGGUUCCCCUUGCUGCCCAAGGGCUGUAUCGUUAUUCAGCUCCUAGCAGGUUCCCGUCUGUUUCUACAACAUCAGUGAUGGAAAUGCCCAUGUACUUGGGGAAGCCUGUUAGCACCACUGCAGCCAGCACUGCUGCAAGCAAUGUUGGCCCAGUGUCUGCUACUAAAGCAGCAGCUCCUACUGCAGUGAACCUGCAAAGACCUGAGCAGACAGGAGCUGGUGCUCGGGAGGAGGUGCCCGGGGCAGCUGCUGGCAUGCAGAGUGCCUCGAAAGAAACUAGUGAGCCUCAGCAGCCACCACCUCCAGUCCAAACCCAGCAGGCUGAGGUAUCCCAGGCCAGCGUCCCCAGCAAAGGCAGCACAGAGCGAGAGGAGAAGGAGAAGGAAGAGGAGCGCCAGAGAAAGCAACAGGAGCACAUCCUCCAGAUGGAGAGGGAGAGGGUGGAGCUGGAGAAACUGAGGCAGCUGAGGCUUCACGAGGAGCUGGAGAGGGAGCGUGUGGAGCUUCAGCGGCACAGAGAGAAGGAGCAGAUGCUGGUGCACAGGGAGAUCCAGGAGCUGCAGUCCAUAAAGCACCAGGUCCUGCAGCAGCAGCAAGAAGAGCGCCAGGCCCAGUUUGCCCUGCAGAGGGAGCAGCUGGCCCAGCAACGCCUGCAGCUGGAGCAGAUUCAGCAGCUGCAGCAACAGCUGCAACAGCAGCUAGAGGAGCAGAAGAGGCAGAAAAGCACCUUCCCCCCUGUGUGUGACCCCACAGGAAGGAUUCCACCCCAGGCCAUGUCCGAGAUAACCAUGGAAAUGCAAAGGACCCUGGCUCAAAAUGGACAGUACUGGCCCCCCUUGAACCAGCCCUUCAUGGCUCCUGCAGCCCCAGGGCAGGAAGGGCCAGCACUGUCCUGCUACCCCGGGCUCCAGCGCCCACUCACCAACUCUGCCUCUGAAAUGUCCCUGCAGCCCGAGGAGCAGUGGGAAGCUAGCCGGGGGAUAAAGAAGAGGAACUCUAUGCCGCGCCUGCGGGAUGCCUAUGACAAAGAGACCCCCCAUGAGCCCUACGUGGUGAAGAAGAUCACGGACAGCAGUGUUCAGACUGAUGAGGAGGACAGUGAGGAGCGCUACUUCCUGUCCCGGCGCCGGCGCUCCCGGCGCAGCACCGACUGCAGCGUGCAGACUGACGAGGAGGACAAUGCUGAGUGGGAGCAGCCGGUGCGUCGGCGGCGAUCCCGUUUCUCCCGGCACUCAGACUCCAGCGCUGAGAGUAAGCAAGACAUCUCCUCCAAAGGCAUGGCCAGCAUAGGCGUUCAGACCAGCAGUGACUGCUCUGUACAGACUGAGCCCGACCAGCUGCCCCACGUGUCACCCUCCAUCCACAUUACCACCCCUGACCCCAAGGUGGAGAUCGUGAAGUAUAUCUCUGCGCCAGAGAAGACCCAGCGAGGGGAGAGCCUGGCCUGCCAGACUGAGCUGGAAGCACAACUGCAGCCAGGUGUUGUGGUCCCCCAGCUCACUGUGCCUACAACCAUAAUGCCCUACUCCUCCAACCUCCAGCUGGUAAGCACAGGCCCCCUGGACCCACGUGCCAUCCGGCAGCAGACCCUUGGCAAGUUUGAGAAGAAGAAGCCAGAUCCUCUGGAAAUUGGGUAUCAGUCCCAUUUGCCCACAGAGUCCCUUUCUCAGCUAGUGACCUGCCAACCCCCCAAAUCCCCCCAGGUACUCUACUCCCCUGUCUCUCCUCUUUCCCCCCAUCGGCUUUUGGAGUCCUCUUUCACUACCAAUGAAAGACUUAACAAGGCCCACGUGACACCACAGAAGCACUUCACAGCUGAAUCUAUCCAGCGCCAGCAGACCCUGCCUCGUCCCAUCAAAACCAUGCAGAGAUCCUUCUCUGACCCCAAGCCCACCAGCCCAACCUCAGAGGAGUCUGGGAAGGACAGGUUCUCCAUAUACCAGCACCCUUUACUCCAAAGCAGCCAGAUUUCUGCUUUGCAGUCAAACACUCUGAUGCGGAAGGUGAAGCGGACACUACCCAGCCCCCCUCCGGAGGAAGCUCACCUGCCCCUGGCCAGCCAAGCCGACUCCCAACUGUACUUGCCCAGCUUCAUGCAGAAGGGGGUAGGAGAGCAGGCCACUCAGGUAACCAAAGCCAGCCUUCUCAGAGACAUUGACCGUGACCUGAAGCUGGUGGAGCAUGAGUCCACGAAGCUGCGGAAGAAGCAAGCAGAGCUGGAUGAGGAAGAGAAGGAGAUCGAUGCCAAGCUGAAGUACUUGGAGCUGGGCAUUACUCAGAGGAAGGAGUCUCUUCUGAAGGAGAGGGGAGGGCGGGAUUACCCUUACCUUAGGUGCCUAGGUGAGAACCGGGACUACAGGUCUGAUAGUGAGCUGAACAAUUUACGCCUCUCCAGCUAUGAGGGCAGCAAUCUGCUCAGCAGACCUAGUACUGCCCCCACUAACCAUUACGCUGAUUUCUCCAGCACGCAGUACACAUCAGCCUCCUCCUACGCCCUCUACCCAUACCCAGCAGCCCCACCAGGCCCUGCCGCCUUCCAGCAAACACGGCUCCAGCACCCCCAUUACCCUGCAGUCAGCAGUGGCACAUCUCAGAAUGGCUUCCAGGCUGGUCAGCUCCCCACCUUCCCCUCCCAAGGUACAUAUCAGACACACAGCUUCCCUCCCAGCGCCAGUUACCAGCCCCAGCUGGGCUUGCAGAGCCAUCAAGGCUUUCAGCCGCCUCAUCACUACCAAGCUCAGACCACAUAUUCCAACCAGCCGCCCUCACAGCUGGCACAGAGUGCCCUCUUCCAAACACAGCCAGAUGUGCACGCCAUGCACCAGAAGCCACGGCAGACAUCACUAACAGACUUGGAGCAAAAGAUCCCCACUAAUUAUGAAGUGAUUGGAAAUCCCACCGUGGUGAUCUCCUCAGCAGCCCCAGAAGUUACAUACAGCCCCACGACAGUGACCAGCAGCUAUGCCCACCAAAAGGCCCCAGAAACCAGGCCAGCUGACCAGAGCAAUGCCGUGCAAAGCCCUUCAGCCAGUUACUCUUCAGAUUCUCAGUACGCAAACCUGGAGCAGAACAUUCCCCGCAACUAUGUGAUGAUCGAGGACAUCAGCGAGCUCACCAAAGAGAUCACUGCGGCAGACAGUCACAAGGGGGAGAUGCAGGUGCAGAGCAGCACUGGCCACCAGAUCAAAGAGAAGAGUGAGCUGGUGGAGAUGGAAGGCUCCAGCAGAACUUGCUGCUACUCCAAAGCAGAGGAGGAGUCAGAGGAGGAUAUGUAUGAUCAGCAUGGUGCUGACCAUCGGGGGAAGAACAGCUACCAUAGGGGCAUGGAGAGCAAUGGCAGGAUGUCAAGCAGCUCCAGCGGCCCCUGCUCCUAUUACGGGGAUGAUUAUCGGCACUCCACACGCUCAGACAAGCAUGGCUCUGGACUGGGGUUGCAGAAGCAUUCCUCCAAAAACCUGGCUCCUGCUGUCAUCUCGUCCAAGCGCAGUAAACACAGGAAACAAGGCAUGGAGCAAAAGAUCUCCAAAUUCUCCCCCAUAGAGGAAGCCAAAGAUGUGGAGUCGGACCUGGCCUCCUACACAGUGACUACAUCUAUCAGCAGCAGCAGCAGCAAUGUGGCAUCCAGGGCAAAGAAGCUUCAGGACGAGAUCACCUACGGCCUCAAGAAGAAUGUGUAUGAGCAGCAAAAAUACUAUGGCAUGUCCAGCAGGGAUAUGACGGAAGAGGAUGAUCGAGCAUACAGCACUGGAAGCAGAUCUAGAUCAUCUGGUUAUGGGGCAGAAAAAACAUCAAGCCGCGAUGCCAGCAGCAGAAGCAAGUCCUAUGAGAGAGAGUGCAUGGAGAAGCCUCAGAAAGGAAGCGCCAAACCAUCUUCCCUUAGUAUGAGUCAGAGUCGUGGGCGGCCUCCGAUUCGUACACAGACCUCAGAAGAGGAAAGUCCCAUCAGCCCUUUAGGAAAGUCUGUGGGUGUGUCCCGCUCCUCAGGUGGACCUCUCUCUCAGUCCUCUGGGGACAGCUGUUCCCAGUUCUGCUCCAGCCACUCAUUGCCUGAUGUGCAAGAACAUAUCAAAGAUGUGCCAAGGAACCACUCUUACAAGCAUGAAGAAGGUUACAUCAUGGAUGAUUCACAUUGUGUUGUUUCAGAUAGUGAAGCCUAUCAUUUGGGUCAGGAGGAGACAGACUGGUUUGAUAAGCCCAGGGAAGCUCGCUCAGAGCGGGUAAGGCACUACACUGGCCACUUCUCCUCCCAGAAGAAACCUCCCAUCAAACACACCUUUCAUGAUUACGAUGAGCCUCCAGAUGAAGACCUGUGGCAACAUGAUGACUAUUCUCAGGCACGUCCCUCUUCUUCCAAAGACCACCGGCACCAUGGAGAGUAUGGCAGGCACUCAGCCUCUUCCCGCCACCCGAGUAAUGAACAGCCCAGGAGGACAUCCAAGCAGCAUGCCCGAGACCAGGGCCAUCAUGAAGCCCGCACACACAUGCAGCCAUCUGCCCAGAAGAAGGCCCAGCAGUCAGACGUGAGAGCCCAGACAGCUUUCCCCUCCAGCUCAGCGGAGUACUCACAGCAGUCUGAGCAGCCAUCCAGCUACCACCAUACCUCAGAGUCCCAGAAAUCCCAACGGCAGGUGGAGCAUGGGCCACUGCCCCAACAGCCGAAAGGAGAGCCCUUGCUGCACCAUUCUCAGCAGCAACCGCAAACAAGACAGCAGCAAUCCGGGCAGCAGCAGCUGCCAUCCAGGCAGCAGCAGCCAUCAGCCAGGCAGUCUCCACAACAGCAAGCAGGCCCUUUGCAGCAACCUCCUCAGCCACAGAAGGAGCAGCAGCAGCAGCAAGCUAGGCUGCAGCAGCAGCCAGGGGCUCAAGGACUACCUUCUUCUCGGCCACCACAACAACAACCCAUCCAAUCCCAGCAUGUCGGGAAGCCCCAGUCAACCCUCCCUGCACAGCCAGGCAGUCACCAAGUAGGACUACCAAAAGCGGAUCAGGUGGAUAUGCCCAAACCCACCACAAAAGUGCCACCACCACACAGGAGAGCGCCCCAAGCACAGCCACUGGGAACGACUGCAGCAGGUAUUAAAGUGGGUCAGAAGCCAUCAGGUGCUCCCCCCCCCACUAGGGCAGCAGCUGGACAGCCCGGGGUGGAUGGAGAGAGCGUGUUCUCCAAAAUCCUGCCAGGAGGAGCUGCAGAACAAGCAGGCAAACUGACAGAAGCUGUGUCAGCGUUCGGAAAGAAAUUCACAUCGUUCUGGUGAGCGAAUGCCGCAAGGAGGCUAGGAAAGCAGGUGGCGAUCUAGUCUUUGCAGUGGAAAAAACCUAUGAAGAAACCAGUGAAUUCAGCAGGCAACGUUGGACUCUGGGUAUAACACUUAUGAAACCAUGGAAACCACUAGGCUGCUUCACAAAUUGCAAGGCCAGAACGGCCCAGUGUGACAUGAAGGCCGAAGACAGGAUGUUGGGUCUCACUGAGCAAACCAGGCCUUUACCCGUAGCAAGCUUCUUCAGAGCCUGAGGCAGCACUGCAGGAGGGCGUGGGGAGUGACCUCUUCUUAGCUCUGUGCACUGUCUGGAGCAAGCCAUGGGAACACGUGCCCAGCGCGCAGGCUUGGUGUCCAUCAGGAACAUUGACAAAGUAUGGGCCCGUGCCACAAUGUGACUGUCAUGGAGGUGGGGUUUGCCCUGCUCUCAGAGGAUACUUCUGAGGUUGUGCAGGACUGCUCCUUCCUGUAGUCAACUUGGGCCGGGGAUCUGAUGUGGGAACCUUGGCCCUUUCUAGAGAUUAUACACAGAGUUGCUCACUCACUGAAUCUUAACUCUAGUAUCUUCAUAGGUUUUUCCCUCUCUCUGAGCCAUGUACGAGGCGAGGGCUGGCAGCUGAAGGCUCCAAUCUCCUUCACAUUCAAGUUUGCCCCAUCGGCCCAUCCACACGCACAGCAUUCCUGUACUCUCACCAUCCCUGCGACAGAAAGUGUUCCACAUCCCCAUACGGGGAUUGAGAGAACUUCAAUUAGGACCAAACACUGUUUCCUUACUGAGAUACGAGGCCAUAGGACUCUGAAAGGCAGUGCGUAAACUGGCUGACUUUUCCCAAAGUAGAUACUGGCCAGGCAUGUCUCUCAGCCACCCCAAAGCCAUCCAGAAGCCAUUCUAAAGCAUUCAAAUGGCAGUGCUAUCCACUGGUAACGUCACACGUUGUUUUACGUAUGCCUGGGUAUUAUUUUUAUUUCCAGAACAGCCUUAAUCAUUCCACUUUGAUUUACGUCUAUAUCUCAUCAACACCCAGGGCCUGGAGGUUUCUUGUUUUUUUUUGGUUUGGUUUCCUUUGUCCUGAAUUCUCUUUCCUUUCUGCUUUGUGCUGAGUUAGCACCCAGGCUGUUGUCUGUAGAAGCAAUAGAGUCCAGAAGGCUAUAAAGAGCACAAGGUCAGGAGAGCGCUGCCUCUGCCAUUCUCCUUCUUGUUACUGUGCAAUUCAAGUCCUUCUUAAGCCAUUGCCGGUGGGCAUGCUCCGAAAGAUGGAGGAGCUACUCACAACAAAACAUUUAACCUGCCAGGAUGAAGUUCCUCGGACCAUAACCCAGGAAAGCAGAAGGAAACCAAAUGGAAAGCUUGUUUCACCUAAAAGAAAUCAGCAAGUGUACAAAUGUUCCGGUUUUCAUUUGUUUGUGUUGUCAGUUUCCUGCCAGUCUCUGGUUCAUGCUGAGCAUGCUCAAAACAACAGUUCAUUGGUGUGAUCCACUGGAGCUUCCAUCCACCUUGGGUAACUGCGAGUGAGUCUCAUGUCUAAUGUUCUAUGCAAUGAAAUACAAAAUUGAAAAAAUCCUGUUAAUAUUUACCAAGUUCAAUGUUCUGUAUAAGGAUUUAAUUGCAACUGUGCUAUUGAUACUGGAUAGUGAUCUUUAUAUCAAACACCGUGUGUAUAACAUUUCAAUUAGUGGCAUGUUUGACCCAUUGAGGGACACUUUGCCAAAGGCCUGUGACUGUCCUGUAGUAGAGCAUGGCUUGCUACUUUUCUGCACGCUCUCAUCUACGUUUAACACUUACAGUUCUUUGCUUGGAGGAUUUUUUUCUCAUAGUUCAUCUUCUAUGUUGAAUACUAGUAGCAGAUUUAUGCACUUGUUAUUGAUGGUGAAGUCCCAAUGUGAAGCAGAACAUCCUGCAGCUGAUGCAUCUGAACUCUCUGCCUUUUGCCCUGCAGUGGCUACCAAGGUCCUAUACACAGCACCACCAGGGAUUCCCUGAGAUAGACCUUUGUCCAGCCCUGGUCCAUCUCAGAAUAGGCAACUGGGCAAUUGGGGGUGGGGCGGGUGAGACCAGUAGCCAGAUGGGCAGGGCAGCUGGAGCAGCUCUGGAAAUUGGUUUUAGAAUUUUUGCACUGAAGCCUCCCUCCACUGCCCUGCUUUGUGAGGCUGAGAGGUCUCAUAAUAGUGUCAGUUCCCAGUGCCACUCCUUGCAGUGCAGUAUUACCAGUGACUGAAGAGCCCUGAACAACUACCCCAGGAAUCUAUGGAGAGAGACUGAGCAUGGUCCCGUGAUAGUAAAGCGGAGCAGACUGCCCCGCAGUUACAGUUCCCUCCCUGCCCAUAGCCACCUGGCUGAGCCCUGUGUUUGCACAAGCUAGAUGAAGCCUGUAAAGCCCUUUCAGGUGAGAGAUGGGGCCAGAACCUUCUCUGUGCCCCUGGGCACUGUGAGCCUGUGGGGACUGGGCAGCACCCGGGGGGGGGCUCACCACAGCACUCACUCUGCAGUGUGCACCAGCUUGGCUGUGCCAGAUUGGUGAGUGAUUGGCCCGGCCUCCUUCUUGGAUCCCAAAGCACCUCUGGUCAGGAAUCUUGGGCUCCACACACUGCUUAGGGUUUGUUUCACUGUCCUCCCAUUACGUUGCAGCGUCAUAGUCAGUGACUGAGCCCUUGGGUGGCAUCUCAGCACAGAGGCCACAUCCUUGUGGCCAUGGAGGCUGAGUUCUCCUCUUUCCAUGCAGGGCAGAGUGUCACUGUCGCUGGAGGACUGUGAGUCAGUCUGUCCCCAGCUGUGCCAGGAGCACAUCCUCUCCCACCUCCUGCUUAGGUGCUGCAGCUCAGAGAGAGGUAAAACCAGGCCCCUGGCCUGGAUGUGACAGAGUGAGGGGGGGUGACAGAGCCCUUUACCUGGCCAGGCUGUCGGAGAGUGCAGAGCAGCAGCCCCCGGGUCAGAGUGUGGCAGGGUCAGCCUGGUCAAUGUGGCGCUGCCAACAAGUGUCCGGUCACUGCAGACAUGGCCACACUGCAGUUAGCAGGCAAGCAGCUAGUCAUGGACCCAGCACAGCUGCUGGGCACUACACCUGCUGAUUUGCACUGGCCACACUUGUGGACAGCAUGGUGUCAGCCCCACAGGUGAAGCAGAACAGAGAGACCUGACUCCCUGAACAUCCCGCCUGGCUGGGGCAAUGCCCAGGCAUGCCCCCUCUCAGCCUUGGCCAGGGGCUUACUUGGGGUACUGGUUUGGGUAUAAAAGUGAGCUAGUCCUGAACACAGAGCCUCGCUCUUGGGCUCCUGCCUGCCUUCAAAGGGGGCAGACAUGGCUGUUCUUGCCCCAGGCAGUAGGACGUUCUUGAGCAGAAACGCUCUAGGGCCUGCCAGGAUGUUUCCCCCAAUGACAAGUGCAUAGUCUGCAGAUGCUUCUCCAGGGCUCUAGCUGGACUCCAUUGCUCCGCUGGUUUGCUCAGAAGUGGCUGCACCAGCCCACUUCAUUCCUGCCAUGUAAAUAGUUGUACAGCGUGGAAUUUCCAGUGGUACUGAGAACAAAACAAAGCGAGGCCACGGAGCACCUCUAACUGCCCAGCACACUGGCCACACGUCUGUGGUGGGCUCACUGGGCUGACUGCUUUUGCCAUCCCCUCCCCGCGCUCACAUCCCCCGAGGCUCUCCUUUGCAUUGGCUUUUGGAGGGGGGAAGGGGUGCUGUUCAAAGCUCAAUCAAAAGAACAAAUUGCCAGUUGUAAGUGCAAUGACCUUGUGAAUGGUGUGUAGUCCUGCUGUGCUCUGUGAGAACGUGUAUUUCAGUGUGCCACCUCUUGUAUUGUGACUCCCUCCAAGACGUUGCCCCUACAAGGUAUUUCUGUGGGAACAGAAUAA